AGGAGGUAUUGGGGAUCUCCUCCUAGACAACAAACCCACAUUCAAAGAGGGGCACACGAAUUACAUCACGGUCCGUGCGGAGGAUAUAACGGAGGUCGCGGGUUACGCUCAGCGCUUUUCUGCAGAGGAGACAACAGGGGCAUCAUGCCGAGCCCGCGCGCACGGAGCCCGAGGAGACAUCUGAGCUUUGUCACGCAGUUCAUUAUUAAAAACAGGUUUCCCUGACGGUGCUGUUUUUAAUUCUGUCACGGAAUUUCAUCAUGGGAGUUUGUGAAGUUUAAAGAACACUCAAGACGCGGGUUUGGAUACGGCUCACGCGUAAUUGCGCACAAGAAAGUAGUAGCUCCCCGUGCGCACUGAACUCACCGCGGGACCGUCUGAUACGGAUCAAUCUCAGCAGUGUUUAGCCAUGUAUCUGCUGGUGCUGUCUCUCGGACUUCUCAUGGGCAGGGGGGUUUGUCAGCACUACUACCUUCUCCGCCCUAUCCCGAGCGACAGUCUGCCGCUUGUGGAAUUAAUAGAGGACCCAGAUCCCGUCUUCGACCCCAAGGAGAGGGACCUUAACGAGACCGAGCUGAAGAGCCUCCUGGGAGACUUUGACAGCCGCUUUUUGUCCGUUUUACCGCCCAUGGAGGACAAAUACACCGGGAACGAUGAGCUCGAUGACUUUGAGAUCCAAAAGCCCGGCGGAGUACUGCCGAAGGAGAUUAGAGCGAUGGAUUUUGACGUCCAGUUCGGCAAGAAGCACAAGCCCAGUAAGAAACUGAAGCGGCGGCUGCAGCAGUGGCUGUGGGCGUACUCGUUCUGUCCGGUCGUGUACACCUGGACCGACCUGGGGAACAGGUUCUGGCCGCGGUUCGUGCGCGUGGGCAGCUGCCUCAGCAAAAGGUCGUGUUCGGUCCCAGAGGGGAUGGUGUGUAAACCUGCGAACUCGACCCACCUGACGAUACUGAGAUGGAGGUGCGUGCAGAGGAAAGGGGGACUCAAAUGCGCGUGGAUACCGGUGCAGUACCCGGUCAUCACAGACUGCAAAUGCUCCUGCUCCAGUUAA